UCCGUUCUCUCAUGGCCAUGUCUUUCGACGUAUCUUCUCUUCUCAAGCCGGAACCUGGUUUUCUCUCCAACCGCCGAUUCUUCUCCCGUCGACCGGUUUUCUUGCCGGUUAAUUUUUUCUGGGAGCCUCCUCUCUCCUUGGAACAAACUCCGAUUUCCCGCCGGAGAGUGGUUUUCCGGACAAGAACUGUCGUCUCCGCGGUUUCGGAGACGGCGGAGAGUACGGCGAGGGAGCAGCGUGAGCCGCCGGUGAGAAUUGUGGGUCUUGUGGGAGAAGGAGCCGUCAGUCCGCUGAAAUCCGCAGCAUGGGAGGAGGUUAUGCUCCACACUGCAAAAAGACUGAAAUGGGUUGAUGAAGGGUAUGAAAUGACCGUCUUUAAUGAUGGAUUAUGGCGUUCGAGAGAUCAAAGGGCAUUGGAUCUGCAACAGGACCUGAACCGGGGUGAUAUUUUGGUGGUUGUGGCUGUUAAUAACCCAGAAUCAGUGAAGUGGAUUCAAGCAAACAGCGGAAACAUCCCCAAUAUAAUCUGCUUCGAUUCUUCUCCAAAUUUGGUGAACAAGCUUGGUGGGACUGACAUGCAACUCAAGAAGAGAGAAACCAAAGCAACAGAGGUGGUAAAGACUGUGGAAGAUGCAUGGGGACGACGCAACUCUGACGACAUACGAUUCUGUCUGCUCGUUAUCAUCAACGCAUAUAUAAGGCCGGUGCCCGUCUUGAAAAACUUGAGAUCAAAAGGUUUCUCUACACUUGGAUGCAUGGUAAAGAACUGUGGACCUCAGAUCAUAAACUGUCUCUUGGACCCGAAUUGCAGAAAAGCUCUUCAGUGUCUGAACCAGUGUAGUCCAGUGGACCAGGUCUGUAGCUACAGAUGCAUCGCCUCGUACGAGAGUCCGUACCUCGAGGCUUUCUCCCUAUGCGUUCUGCAGAAACACAAUUGCCUUGAGUUGGAUGCCAAGGUCCCUGAAAAGCCACGUGUCCCUCCCAUGACCAGUUUCCAAGGAAACGAACUGUGUCAUGAGACAGCUGAAGAUCUUUUUGUCGGAUGGUUAGGGGACUUGGGUUGGAGCUGGCGAGUCACUGCGGGACAGAACCCGGCUUAUGACCAGUUCCCGUGUCAGUACCAACUUUUCUACAGAGGAAAAGGAAAGACGUCGUUUUGGUAUGAACCCGUAUUCCAGGUCAGGACGUUUGAAGGGAAUAUGGUAUGGAGAAGGCGAAGGUACUCAGUGAAGAGAGGGAAAACCCCCGGGACGUUCAAUUUCAGUGUGUUGGACAAUGGUGUGGUUUCGAACGAGUUUUGGACAAUCGUAGAUGUGUCUGACGAUCUCGGCUGGGGUCUUUUCCAUUACCAUGGAGCAGCUCGUGUGGCAGGACAGUCUUACACAGGUGCCGUUCUUGUCACACCCGACGGUUCAUACCCGAGGGAGAACGAAAAGGAGAGAUUGCACUCUGCAUUGGAUAAAUGCGGGAUUAAGGAGUGGGAACUCUUUGUCGUCGAUAAUCGUUGUUGCGAGAAUCCGCCAUUGGGGAUUCCAGAAGGUUCUAGACUGCAUACCAGAAUCAAGAUCAAGAACCAGACUCAAAGUGCACUAGACAUCUGACUCAAAGGUACAAAACAGGGGAGAUAGAAAGUCUGUCUGUUCCUUACAUCUCUCUGGGCCCAGGUCGGCAAACGCGUAAUGUCAGUACGGUUUUCAGUCAUAUGCCACGGCCGGCCCCUACCGAAGCGCCAAGUCAUCCGGAGUGUUCUUCUCUGCUCUCUUCUUCACACGUUUAAUCCAUGCUCGUGUAAUGAAUUGUGAAACACCUAAUGUAUUACAGUAUUUACGAGAUUUUACAUACACGCUUAGUGUUUGCUGCCAUUAAUUUUUUUUAUUUAAAUUUAAUGCGUUUGUUUUGGACUUUCACAUUAGCUGGAGGGUAUUUUCUCAUUUAA